CAUUGCCAUGCCCAACACUACUUCGGCCAACAUGGCGGCGACGAAGAAGCGUCCGAUGACGCUGCCAGAGAAGAUCCUCACGCACUCUGCCGUGGGCUUGAAGCACCCAUUCGUCGAACCGGGACAGAUGAUCUGUGUCAAGACUCAGUGGACGCUCGCGUGUGAAAUCACAUGGAAAUCCAUGGACAAGACGUACUCGGACAUGGGACGACCGCGCAUUUGGCGCAACGAUCGCUUCUGGCUUGCCGUCGACCAUACCGUCGACCCGCGCGUGAACCACUUGCCGCGCCAACAAAUGAUGAUCCAAGCGUCCACGGAUUUCGCGGCCGAAGCCAAGUUGACGAACUUCCAGAAACCAAACACGACGAUUUUGCACACCGAAUUCUACCGCCAACGCGCGCAGCCGGGCCAAGUGGUCGUGGGGGCCGACAGUCACUCAUGCUCCACUGGUGGAUUGGGCGCGUUUGCCAUCGGGCUGGGCGCCGCGGACGUCGUGAUGCCGCUGGUGACGGGGGAAACAUGGAUUCAAGUGCCGGAAACCGUGAAAAUCGAGUUUGUCAACGCUCCGCCGUUCGGGUUGGGCGGCAAGGACAUCAUGUUGUACACGCUGGGUCAGCUCAAGUGCAACACCGUCGCCAUCGGCCGCUGCGUCGAGUGGUCGGGCAAUAUUGCGCCGCUGUCGUGCGACGCCCGCUUUGCCAUUGCGAACAUGACUGCAGAAUUCGGCGGCAUUGCCGGCAUCUUUCCCGCGGACGAGCGCACCCAAGCGUACAUUGCCGGCCGCGACUCGCACAACCAAGACGCGCUCUACUUCCGAGCCGAUCCCGACGCCACCUACGCCGACGUGUUUCAGAUCGACUUGGCGAAUUUGGAGCCGCAGAUCGCGCUGUUUCCGUCCCCGGACAACGUCCAGCCAGUCAGCGCCGUCUUGGACACUCCGCUCCACGGUUGCUUCAUCGGCGCGUGCACCACCGCCGAAGAGGACCUGAUUUUGGGCGCGCUGGUGCUGGAGCAGUGCUUGAAGCAGGGGCUGACCCCCGUGGCCCACGGCGAGCGCCGCGUGACGCCUGGCAGCCAGGUGAUCAUCGACCACUUGCGCGCCGAGGGCCUGCUGGCGUUUUAUGAGCAGGCGGGCUUCACGGUGGGCGCCCCCGGCUGCAGCUUUUGCCUCGGGAUUGCCGCGGACGUGGCCAAGGAGGGCCACGUGUGGCUCACGAGUCAGAACCGGAACUACCGCAACCGCAUGGGCAAAGGCAGCAUCGGCCACCUCGCGUCCGCGGUGACAGUGGCCGCGUCCAGCUUUGGCAUGGCGAUCGCAGAUCCCACUCCGUUCCUCAAGCUCAUCACUCCUGAAAGAUUGCAGUCGUACCUGCCAGCAAACAUCAGUUUGCCGCCGCUGGUCGUGGCCGUCCCGGCGCCGGAAUUGCCGGAACCAGCAGUCAAAUCGACCGGGGAGGCGGCGGCGGCUUCGUCCCCCGAACACGCCGCGGGGGUGCUGGAAGGUCGCGCCCAAGUGUUUGGCGACAACAUCGACACGGACGCGAUCUUGCCUGGCGAGUACUUGUGCGAGAACGACGUCCAAGCACUUGGCAAAGUGGCGUUUCUGCACACAAACCCCGACUUUCGGGACAAAGUGGCUCAAGGGCAGUCGAUCGUCGUGGCCGGUCACGGGUUUGGCUGCGGGUCAUCGCGGGAGCAGGCGGUGACCUGUCUCAAGGGCGCCGGGGUCAAAGCUGUGAUCGCCAAGUCAUUUGGGUACAUUUUCUCUCGCAACGUGCAAAUGUUUGCUUUGGUCGGCAUCGUCAUCACGGACGACACGUUCUACCAACUGGCCCAGCCCAACGUGCCGAUUCGCAUCGAGAUGCGCGGGCGCACGAUCCACGUUGAGGGUCAAGUGUUUCGGUUUCAAAUGUCCCUCUUUGAAGAAAAGCUGCUCAACGGCGGCGGCAUCAUCCCGCUGUACAAAAAGUUUGGCAACCGCCUCUUUCGUGUGGCUGUGGAGGACGCCGAGGCGGACGACGGGGCGGCUUCGUGCGCGACAGCGUCGACGGACUGCGGGUCGGCCGGCAAGGCUGUGGAUGUGGCGUGGUAGUUAGUAGUGCUACGAGUUGUGUGCACACACUUAUAAUAUAUUAUGGGAAAUGUGAGUGACUACUAG